UUAUUUGCGUGUGAAUCUCUGGUUUCUGGGUCGAAUGCUUCAAUUACGUUCGAUGCCGAGGUGUCUGUGGGCCACGGAUGGAAAAGAAGUACCCAGAAUCAUUCUUCUUUAUGUGCUGAGUUUUCACCUAAAUAUAAUUAUCUGGAAAUACGGUUCAAUCAUUUCUACGACAUAUGUGCAGUAACAACAUGGACUAAGAAUUCAAAUCAUACACUUGCAAACGUCAGGAUACAGUACUCUAAUUCUAUGACCUUCUGGCCCUAUUACCAGCAGGUGAGGGCAAUUGUGAAGGUUAGUAACUAUUUAUCGAGCCCCGUUGGAGCUGCUUUUAUCAAUUAUCAUCUUUGUCAGGCCUAUGCGAAUAUACCGCUAGGUCAUGUAGGUAGCUUUGAAUCCUUUUUUUAAUUCUGGAACAACAACAACAAAUGUUAUUUAGUACAGUUGCAUCACUCGGCAGUGACUAUUGUCGCUUUCAUCUUGUCAAAAUGUCGUCAAAUAUCCCACAUAUUUCCAAAUUAGUCAUCAAAAUUAUAAAGUUAUUUCAGUGGACGCUGAAUUCCUUGUAUCCUUUAAAUUACUACCUAUGUGUGCGCCAUUUGAGGCACCAACCAAACGACGCCCCUGUUCUCUCCCCCCUCGCCUCACAAGGGGCCGGGUGUAAUGUGAGCAACUAUAAAGUAGAGAUGCUUUAAUAUGCCAAAGGCAUAUGCAACUUCCAACUGGCUAUACCCAGUUAAUAGUCUGUUUUUUUUUAAACCAGGAUUUUCAACAGGUAAACAUUACCAGCGGCAUUGUCGUACACCGUCUUCAUUUAACAACAAAAUAUAUUCGCUUCAUUCAAAGCAACUGGAAAAAAGGAUCUUGCGUUAAUUUUGACAUAUAUGGAAAUAUUGCUUGUAAGUAUUUUUUAAAAUAAUUAUUAAUCCUCGAAAGCGAAAAUCAAAACUAGUUAAAACGAAAUAAGAGGUAAGAUAGAUACUGUGAAAUCUGUACAUAAAGGAAAUUUCUUUUCUAAGAACAGCGAGGUUGAAAUUUGCGAAGUUUUAAGAAUAUCUUAAGAAUAAACCAGGGGCUGAGAUUUUGAAAAAAUAAUUUUUCUAUAUUAAAAAUUUGUAAAUACAAAAAUACAAUUAACCGUAUAUAAUUCUUCCUUUCCCCAGAUAAUAAAAGAGAAAAACCUGCACUAGUAACCCAAUAUAUAUUUUAGCUUAAUAUCGAUAGAAAAAUAAGAAUAUUCUACCUGUCCCGGAAAAACAAUAUGUUUAUAAAAAGCUUGUAGAAAACGGCCACUUAAUGUAAGCGGUCGCUCACAAAAAUACUCACAGGGCGUGAUCGAAUGUCAGUUUUAAUAAGAAGGUUUCACUCAAUCUUUUUAUCAAACUUUUAGACGCUCUAUACCAGGGCGGCCUUUUUCUGUCCAUAUGUUCUUUAUAUUUUCAACAAGUUGCUAACUUUUACCCGUGGAGUAAACGUAUCAUUGUUUUCAAAAAUUUUGAUCCUGGCAAAACCAGUGUGCAAAGAUUCUCAGAAGAGGAUGGAUACAUGGUGCCAAAUAACACCAGGUUUUGCUACUGCCAUGGAUUUGGGAUGUUCUGGUGAGCUGAAAGCUAGGUUUGACAGAAGCAAGAAUUCAACAAAGAAGAUGUGGCGAUGUUAUCACGAGUCAGCCUUAACAGCAGACUUAAGUCGUUAUAACGACAAACUGAAGAGUCCAUGUUACUACACCAGGCACCGACAGCUAAAUCAAGUGCUGCAAAGCUGUAAGUUUUAGAUUCAUCUUCAGAAGUUUAAGACAACGUAAGACUGUCUUUUUGUUCUUGUAGGACAGUUGAUAACUAGACUAGGAUUUAACUGAAGAGGUGGUCAGAUUUUCUUCGAGCAGAUUGUAUAACUGAAUUUGUAAAGAGUUUUUAUCAGUUGUUUUGUUACUCUAAAUGGUGUGGUCAGCCACCCAGUUUGACUCCUUCAGCCUAUCCCUGGAAGUCAGUUAAAUACCCAUUCAUAGGGACGCUAAGUGGGUCAAAAGCCUAGCAAAAAUGGAAGUUAGUUCAAUCGAGGCUAAGCGCUGGAAGGCUGUGAUUGGUGUGCUAAUAAAGGACACCUAACAAACAUAUCUUGAGGUAUCUUGAGAUUAAUCGCCAUUAUUUAUCUUUUUUAAAGGUUCACAAAACUUUACGGUGGAGAAUUGUUCGCUGGUAAGU